CGUUGAUUUAUGAACUAUUGAGCCAAAACGGAUUUGCCAAGCUGUUGCUUCUUGUUAUCGACUUUCGAUCAUAAUCUAUGACCUCUGAGACGUCUAAGAAAAUAACAUAAAAUAUAAUAACAAAAUGGUUCAAUCGUUUUACUACGAAAACUGGGGCAAGUGCUGCAAAAAACUUAUGAAAUAUGAUGGAUUUCCUAACAAAAUUUUAAUGUUCCCCUAUGAGGGAUGGGCCCAGCCAGCGUCGUUAACAUACUGGGUCAUCAAAACAACAUGGUGGAGCACCAAACGGUGUAAGAUCAUCGAGGUGUCGGGUACAAAGAAACGUACAACAAAAGCUAAGAUCAAAGACGCUGGAAAGGGGACAAUGCAGAUAAAGGGUACAUUCAAAGAUGAACUUGUUGAUCCUGAUUUUAGGGUCAUUCUGAGCACGCAGGUCUCAAGUACAGACUUCCAACUGGGGUAUAGUAUGACUGGAACAUUGGAACGUGGUGAGAAGGCAUCAAACAAACUACAAAUGACACAUUAUGCCAUGAUAAAAAGAAAGGGUUAUUAG